GUUCGGUUCUACAAAGCCAACCCUCUCCCUAGUAGACAGCAAAUUAGCGUUUGCAGCUCUCUCUCUCUCUCUCUCUCUCUCUCUCUCCCUCCUUCUCCCCACUUUUUUCUCCUCCUUUUAUGUACUUGACCAACCCACUGUUUCAAACAACUCAUCGAAUAAUAACAGCAGCACCAAGAAGUUCAACAACAACGAUAUCAUCAUAAACUAUAUCCACCUCUUCAUCUGUCUCUCUGAACCUCUUCAAUGAUUCUUCCGCUGUGAAAGAAGGGAAUGGAGGUUUAUCAGGGACGUCAUAUACAGCUCAAAUCAAAGAAAAUGAGGUGGGAACAAAGAUUUAGACAAGUCCAGGUCUGCUGCAUGCCAAUCCCACAAAUGAUCAUAUAAUUCCAAAGUUCAUGCACGACGAAGUAGAAUACCCAUUUGUUGUUGAUUUUGAUGAUUUAGAUGCCAUGGCUUUUCCACAUUACCGAUCACAGUUCGGAGACACCACGUUUACCAAAGUGUUUGUUGGAGGCCUAGCUUGGGAAACACCCACCGAAGAAAUGCGGAGAUAUUUCGAGCAGUUUGGAGAGAUUCUUGAAGCUGUAAUAAUCACCGAUAAGAAUACAGGAAAAUCCAAAGGAUACGGUUUCGUGACUUUUCGUGACCCUGAAUCGGCAAGUAGGGCUUGUGCCGAACCAAACCCCGUGAUUGAUGGGCGGAGAGCAAAUUGUAAUAUCGCUUCGUUUGGACGACCUCGACCUUCGCCGCCCCGAGGAAGAAAUCAAGGUGGCAGUUCUAAUUACCAAUUAGGAGGUGCACCAUCCUAUAGGGGAGUCCCGGCAGCCUUACCUGCACCGCCACCUCCACCUCCACCUCCUCCUGUCAUUUACCCAUCUUAUGGGUAUCCGACCUACACUCCUGAUUAUGGCUACCACCAAGCACUGUAUAACCCACAAGUUCAACAGCAACAAUACUACCAGCAGUUGUACGGAACAUCAUCUUCAUCCAUGGCCUCUCCCUAUUACUAUGGUUACUCUUUCCAAGCACCAAGGAGCACAUAUUCUACAGCCCAGGGGCAACGCGUACCGGGAUCUUCAUACAUUUACCAUCCUGUGCAGAUGGAUGCGUCCCUCUCCGCCUAUCCUCCUCCAUUAACGUCCCUUCAACCCACGAGGCAUCCUUUCCCCUCUUCUACCGAUUCACAGACGGUACAGCGAACUGUCUCGACAGAAACAGAAGCGGGAGUCGUUACUUCAGAGAGUCCCAACAACUAAAGGAACCUGUCAAUAUAUCAGCUGUAUAAAACUGAAAUCUCUAUGCCUAAGAUCAUCUCGCUUCUUAAGUCUGAAACUCUCAACGAUUCACAUAAUUCUUUGGCCUGAAUCUGUUGCAUCAGUACUAAUGCUUCGAGAGACUGCCUUUGUUCUUCUCGAUCGGCGGGCAGGAAAAGAUGGACUCAUAUACAUAUCGACCACUGCCUUCUGCAGAUAUUUUCCCCAAAAAUAUUUCUUCUUUUUUUCUAUCUGAUUUUAAUCAAAGUAUUUAUUCUUCAAGGAUAAGAGCUUAACAUCUUUCCCAAGAUGUACGAACGUGGGGGAAAUUCCCUCAACAAUAAAAUUUUGAUUUUAAA